GGAAAGCAGAGAACUGGAAGGAGUUGGCGACGGCGGAGAUGGAGGCGGCUGCGGCAGUGAAGAGGAGGAGAGAGGUGGAGAGCCAAGUGAUUGAGAAGGUUGGCGAAGUGAUAAGGGAAAUAAAAAGAGCAAAGCACGUCGAACAAGUGAUUUGCGCUCUUCACUCUUUAGCUGUUCUUCUCUUCCCUAUUGAUUCUUUUCUUCUCUCAGGGAGUAUCGACGAGCGUUACAAAGAACAGAUUGUGAGUGCCAAAGUUCAUGUUGCAAAUGAAAGGGAUGAUUGGUGGAGGGCAUUUUAUCAAGGAGCUGCCUUCCCAACACUGGCUCGUGUUUUGUUGCUUGAUGUUGCUUCCAAUUGGCUCACUUGUUUCCCUUUUUCAGCAAAGAAACAUAUCUAUGAUGUUUUCUUUGUCAAUGGACUUUCAACUGAAGUUGUUCAGGUUUUGGUUCCUUUCCUACAGCAGAGCAGCAGCUAUAAUCUCGAUGUCGAUGCCAUUCAGUCAAAUGUAGAAAGGUUGCUUCUAAUCUGCCUUCUCGACAAUGGUGGGGUGCUUAAAAUGGCUAUAGACCUUGCAGUUUUCCCGGAAUUGGAAGAUAAUACAAAUGACAGGCUUAAGUCAGCUGUGUCUAGGGUAGCACAAAUUGUAACAUCUAUUCCUGACAAAGCACGGUUGAGAGCCCCGCCUUUACUUUCGUCACAUUUGUUUUUCAAGCAGAUCACUGUUCAACUUCUGACUGGCAUGGUUGAAAGACUAGCAAUCACUAGUAAAAGUGAUGUUGAUGUUAACAUUUCAUUUCUUGGAGAAAUAUUUUCCCGCAUUGCUCGACGUGGAUCUUCGGAUGUGCUGUUAAGUGAAGUUACCCCCCAGAUUCUUAGACAUGUUCGAAGUUGCUUAUCUUCGAACACUGAUGUAGUUGAAACAGAUGCAUUUGAGUCAAACCCUGAAUCUCAAUUGUGGUUAAAGAUAAUGGAAGCAAUAACAGACCCCUACACCGUAGAAAGAGUUGCAGAACAGCUUUUGCGUCAGCUUGCAACUGAACAUGCAAGUGAUAUUGAAGCUUAUUGGGUUCUUUGGAUAUUGUUUCAUCAUUUACUUCAGGUUCAGUCAACAGUCAGGUCCAUGUUUGUUGACAAAUUUUUACUGUGGAAAGUAUUUCCUGUUUGUUGCCUGCGGUGGAUCUUGCAAUUUGCUGUUCUUGAAUACUCACCCAUUAAUAAUUUGCAAACUAAAGGUCACAAAACCACCAAUGGUCUUUUGCACACAGUGGAACGCCUGGCUGCCGUAUGGUCAAAAAGAGACUUUGUGCAAUCAGCUCCACUAGAGCAGCAAGCUUAUAUAACUGCUGCUUUGGGCCUUUGCCUGGAGAAGAUGUCCAAAGAGGAACUAGAUACGACAAAGGAUGUAAUGCACUCAAUUCUUCAAGGAGUCAGCUGUAGGCUGGAGAGCCCUGCAGAUCCAGUGCGGAAAAUGGCUAGCAGUAUCGCUUUAGUAUUCUCUAAAGUAGUUGACCCAAAAAACCCUCUAUAUCUUGAUGACAGCUGCAACGGGGAGAGCAUUGACUGGGAGUUUGGAUUAACCACCUCUGAGAAAGGGAGCUUGUUGAACUCAAAUGCAGAAAAUAAAAUUGAUGAAACAGGGACGUCGCAAACAGCUGGCAGUGGGAAAGGCAGUGGCGUGAAGAGUAAAAGCAAGAAAUCCUCUGAGUUCAGUUUGGUUGAUCCAGAUGAGAUUAUUGAUCCCGCUACUCUAAAUUAUGAAUCAGCCUCAGAUGAAAACGAUGACGAUAAUGCAAGUCAGAAUUCUGAUUCAAGUGACUCCUCUCUGCGGCCAUAUGACUUGACAGAUGAUGACACAGAUCUGAAAAGAAAUUUUUCACAACUGGUUGAUGUGGUUGGAGCCUUAAGGAAAUCUGAUGAUGCUGACGGGGUGGAGAGAGCUCUAGAUGUUGCUGAAAGUCUUAUACGAGCUUCACCUGAUGAACUAACACAUUUAGCAGGUGAUCUUGCUCGAACUCUUGUACAGGUUCGUUGCUCCGAUGUGGCUGUAGAAGGCGAGGAAGAACCGGCUGAAGAGAAGCGGCAAAGUGCUUUAACAGCAAUUGUUGUCAUGCGUCCAUUUGAAUCUCUUGAUACUCUAAACAAACUAUUAUAUUCACCAAAUGUAGAUGUUAGUCAACGAAUAAUGAUACUCGAUGUCAUGACUCUGGCAGCAGAGGAGCUUGCCAAUACUAAAACUAUGAAACCUAAACAUCAAACAGGUCCCCUCAUAUCAACCAUUUCAGAACCUCAACCAUGGUUCUUGCCAACCAAUACGGGACCUCCAGGAGCUGGAUCCUGGAAACAGGUCUCAGAUACAGGAACCCUUCUAAACUGGUCAAACCGAUAUGAAAGAAAACUUCCACUAAAAGGCGGGCAUGUCAGGAGAGGAAAGACUCGCAGGUGGAGCCUUAGAUCGGGAAAUCUACAUGAAAACCAAAUCGAAUGGUCCCAAAAUAAGUUUCCUCCAUAUGCGGCGGCUUUUAUGCUUCCAGCUAUGCAGGGAUUCGAUAAGAAAAGACAUGGUGUUGACUUGCUUGGUAGAGACUUUCUUGUCCUUGGAAAACUCAUCUAUAUGCUUGGUGUUUGUAUGAAAUGUGUAUCAAUGCAUCCGGAAGCAUCUGCGUUGGCUCCCCUUCUUCUUGAUAUGUUAAGAUCCAGGGAGGUAAGCCAUCACAAAGAAGCUUAUGUCAGAAGAGCUGUCCUUUUUGCAGCUUCAUGCGUGCUUGUUGCUCUUCAUCCCUCUUCUAUAGCAUCUUCCUUGGUUGAAGGAAAUAUCGAAAUCUCUGAAGGGCUUGAAUGGAUCCGUACAUGGGCCCUUCAUGUUGCUGACUCGGACACCGAUAGAGAUUGCUAUACGAUGGCAGUAUCGUGUCUCCGACUACAUUCCGAGAUGGCGCUUUUAGCUUCCCGAGCACUGGAGUCGGCAGAAAGUACAUUGAAAGCCAAGAGUAUUAGCCUGUCAUUUGAUCUUUCAAAGGGAACAAUCAAAAUCCCCAACUCCAAUGUUGAAUACUAGUAGAUUCACAUACAGUUGAUGCCCAUCAAUG